AUGAUGAUGAUGAUCAGAAGCCAAGAAAAUCUCAGAAAUAAGUCUAUUGGUAUCUCAGAUGAUCACAUUAUCCCUACUUCUACAUGUCCAACCUGGAAACUAUACGAAAACCCUUUCUAUAAUUCACAAAAUCCUGACACUCCUCUCCGAAUUCAGCACAACAACAAUAAUAAUAAGCAAAUUCAUCGACUCAAUCUCCCAAUAUCUGCUAGGAAAAUUGCAUCAUCCUUUUGGGAUCUCACCUUUAUCAGGCCCUUUAUGGACUCUGAGCUUGAGAUUGCUCGAGCCCAAGUCGCUGAAUUGAAGGCCAAAGUAGAACAUGAGCGCAAGGCACGUAAGAAGUUGGAGUGGAUGAAUAAGAAGAUUGCUAGAGAGCUCUCUGAAGAGAAAAAAGGGAGAGAAGCGUUGGAACGAGUAUGCGAAGAACUUGCCAAUCAUAUAUCGUCGGAUAAAGCAGAGAUGAAUCGGUUGAGAAAAGAUAUGGAAGAGGAGAGGAAAAUGAUGCGGGUGGCUGAGGUUAUGAGGGAGGAAAGAGUUCAAAUGAAGCUAACAGAGGCUAAAUAUUUAUUGGAAGACAAGUUGUUGGAAUUGGAAGCAACCAAGAAAAUGUUACAAACAGAGCAAUCCAAUGCAAAGAACAACUAUAACGCUGAUGAAACAGGAACAAGUAGGCCUGAUCACAAGUCUAUUAGUGGUUCUAAUUUUCAUCAGUACCAAGUGACGAUUCAUCGAAGAAACCAUUCACAAGAAGCUGAAAAUCCACACAUCAAACGAGGGAUCAAAGGAUUUGUCGAAUUCCCAAAGGUUGUCAGAGCUAUUAGUUCCAAAAGCAGACAUUGGGGUACGAAGUUGGAGUGCCAAAAGGCUCAACUUAGGAUAUUACUGAAACAAAAGUGUCCUAUCCGAUCCAAUGUUCUUCUAACAACCUCAUAA